AUGCGGAGUUUUCUUUCUGGUGCCCUUCUGGCCCUACUCGCCAGUACCAAGACCUCGGCAUAUCCAGCUACCGCUAUCUCGCCCGGGGCUGUUUGCACCGGAACAUUCAGUGCAAUCUCGGCUUCCGAUUUUGUGUCUAAUCUGCAUCCAGGUUGGAACUUGGGAAACACACUCGACGCUAUUCCCGACGAGGGAUCCUGGAACAAUGUACCCGUUGUUGCAUCUACAUUCGAUACCGUGAAGAGCGCCGGCUUCAAGACCUGGUUGCAGCGGGUCUCAGAUGUAGUUGAUAUGAUCGUGGCUCGAGGGUUCUACGCCAUUGUUAAUGUGCAUCACGACUCGUGGGCUUGGGCUGAUGUUACUCAGUCUGGAGCUAAUCUCACCAUGAUUGAAGAGAGGUUUUACCGACUAUGGUACCAAAUUGGAACCAAAUUGGCCUGCAAAUCGAGUCUCGUUGCGUUUGAGUCAAUCAACGAACCUCCGUGCAAUACUGAAGCUGAUGCUGCAGAGAUAAACAAACUGAACAGGAUCUUUCUCCAAGCUAUCAAUGAUGCUGGUGGUUUCAAUCCGGAAAGAGUCGUUACUCUGGUAGGGGGUGGUGAGGAUAGCAUUAAGACCUCCGAGUGGUUCGUUGCACCUUCGGGCUUUCCGAAUCCAUAUGCUAUCCAGUUCCACUACUACAGUCCAUAUGACUUCAUCUUCAGUGCUUGGGGAAAGACGAUCUGGGGCUCUGACGAUGACAAAUCGGCUUUACAGUCUGACUUCCAGCUGCUGCGCGACAAUUUCACCGACGUGCCUCUGAUCUUGGGUGAAUACGAUGCUUCACCUACCAACACCGAGCCUGCUGCCAGGUGGAAGUACGUAGACUUCUUGGUAAAGACUGCAGCCAGUUUUGAUAUCUCCUGCGUGCUGUGGGACAACGGCUUGGACCAUCUGGAUCGAACUGCCGGAACCUGGCGUGACCCUAACUCAAUCUCCAUGAUCACCAAUUCGAAUGAGUCUACGACCAACAGCUUGCCUGGUAGUACCGAAGAUGGUUCUGCAACCACCCAGUCAUCCUCGGCUUAUAUUUUCCAUCAGUAUGGAACAGAUGUCACAGAGCAGAGUCUUCCGUUCGUCUUCAAUAGUAACACUCUUUCGUCAAUCAGUGACUCGACGGGUUCGAAGUUGUCAUUAGGGACGGACUAUUCGGUCUCGGGUGAGAAUAUCAUCUUCACGGCUGCAUACCUGUCAAAGCAUCUUUCGUCCACGACGGCACCAGGUAUCGUUGCCAGUUUGACUUUGCAAUUCUCAGGUGGCGAUUCAUCUCCGGUCAUUCAAAUUGUUCAGUGGACGCCACCGACUCUGUCGUCCACGUCGGUAGCAGCCUCGUCCGUCUCUGGCUCUGACCUCUCAAUCCCCAUCACAUGGGGUGGGCUACCUACUGUCGCUGCAGUCAAGGCUUUGACUGAGAGUGGGAUAUACUUGUUUGAUGACUGGACGGUAUACCUGGGCCCUAUCCAGCAAGCAAGGGCCACCUAUAGCAGUCACUAUAACUGGGAUGCCUCCCAUGUGAUUAUCACUUCAUCGGCUAUUAGCUCUGUCAUCUCUGCUGGCGAAUCGAGCGUGUUCACAUUCGAGUUCUAUCCGCGGGAUAAUGGGGUGGUUAAUGGUGUCAACUUCACGUUGACUGUCUAA